AUGGACGGAGACUGGGGAGAGAUUGCGGCGAUUCCUUUAGCUGCUCCUACACCUCACGGACAGCAUGCAACUGCUUUCACUUCUCCCCAACCUACUGCGAUCGCGCUCGAUCCAUAUCAGGAGCUACUAUGGGCGGGGACCGACCGCGGCACUGUAGCAUCGUUUCAUAUCGACAAUCUCCGACAAUACCACGCAUACACAAGGUUCCGGGCGCAUAGGGACAUUAUAAGGGACCAAAUAAAACAGGUUCAGUCUGUCAGACAAAUUCUGGUCUUUGACAAAGGCGUGCUAUCGGUAUCUCCAAAGAGUGUACAUCUGUCGAAUCGACGCGGAGUAACACAAUGGCAUCUCGAGUACGAUGGAUUCGAGGACCUCCAUUGUAUGACUUUUACUUCUAAGGCUGCGCAGGAGCUUGUAGUUGCGGGACAACAAGAUACCAUGUUUGUAAUUGAUAUUGAGAAGGGAUCUAUCAUUCAAACGAUGAAUGCGGUAGCACACUAUACGAGGAUGAAAAGUACAGGCCAGUACAUCUGUGCCUGUACGAACUUUGGAAACGUUCAUUUCCUCGAUACGAGUAAAUUCCAACUCAAAAAGGAAUGGGAAGCUCACGGCGGUUGGGUCAACGAUAUCGAUGCAAGCGGUCACCUUGUCAUCACCUGCGGCGGGUCUAGAAGAGGGCUGGAUGGGGUACCAUAUUACGACAGUCAUGCCAACGUAUUCGACAUGAAGGCUAUGAAGCCACUCACGCCCAUUUCAUGUACUCUUCCUGUAGGAUUUGUCCGGAUGCAUCCAAGAUUGCAUGCGAGCGCUAUGAUUGCCUCCCACACCGGGUAUAUUCAACUGGUCGAUGUGAAUUCCUCCAGUGCAACAGGCAUGCAUCAAUUGCCACUCUUCAAUGAGGUCUACCUUCAAUGCUUUGAGCUAUCAGCCGCGGGCGAAUCAAUUGCUUACACCGAUACUUAUGGACAGUUACGUCUUCAUGGGUCAGCUUCAAAAUUCCGCAUUUCCGAAUAUAGUAAUGGCAAGCUAGAAUGGUACGAUCAGAUACCAACCCAGGAGUUGUCAUGGGAUGAGCCGCUGAACAAGAUUGGAGUGCCGGUGUAUAGAGGACCAUUGCUAUCCAACUGGCCGGGCCAUACUAUAUACGAAGUUGGAGCCCCACCGCCACUAAUCGACGAGACACUUCUCACGCAAGCCGUGAAGUCUGGAGGAUGGACAAGUAAUCCUGACAAGUCAAAGCCGAGGAACUUGGCGGAGAAGACAAGGUCUUCGCAUCGAGUGGUUCAGGCUAUGGCAGUUCCUAAAUUUUUGAGUGACCGUGCUAAAGCCAGGACCGCGCCUUCAAUGAACAGCGAGAGGAGGCGCAGCGAAACCUUUGAAACCAUCAUUGAUAAAGAUGGGCAAGAUGGGAAAGAAGAUUCACGUAUCUAUCAGCCUAUGGACAUUCAGUACAGCAGAUUUGGCAUUGAAGAUUAUGACUUCCGAUACUGGAAUUCCACUCCAUACCCAGGUCUCGAGACUCAUGUCAAUAAUUCUUACGCCAACUCGCUCCUCCAGCUCUUCAGAUUCGUACCGUGGAUAAGAAAUGCGGCUCUUUGGCAUGCUGCAUCUUCGUGUUUAUAUGAGACGUGUCUUUUGUGUCAGCUAGGAUAUCUCAUCGAUAUGCUGGAGAAGACGGAUGCACCCAACUGUCAUCCGAGUAACUUUUUGAAAACUAUGGAGACGCUUCAAGAAGCACGGGCGGCUGGAAUACUGAUCCAAGCUUCGGGAAAUAACCACCUAGCCUCUAUGGUUCAAGCUCUUAACGGGUUUCUUGUCAAACGCUUCGUACUCGAUGCAGCACGAAUUUUUACCGGAGCCUCCCCAUUAGAACAAAUCUUCACUCUGCCUAUGCAAGAGACCAUGCGCUGUUCGGUAUGCAAGGUGGCAAGCGCUAAUCCGAGUGUCUCGAAGACCAUGGUGCAAGAGCUGUCGUACGCUCAAACAACUCGCCGAAGCCCCGGUCGCACACUCCGAAACAUGACGUUUUCUCAGAUUCUUAAGCUGAGUGUUGAAGGACCCACGGCUAGUCGAGGAUGGUGCAGUACUUGUCGACGGUAUCAGUCUAUCAAUCGUCUCAAGAAUAUUACAGACAUCCCAGGCGUUUUACUGGUCAAUACAAAAGCUGGAAGUGGCAAUGAGGAUUCAAAAUCGCUGUGGACGAUACCGAAUUGGUUACCACAGGAGAUUGGCGUCAUUCUUCAGCAGGGCCAGUUCUUCUGCUUUGAGGGCAAUGACAUCAAGACCCAUUUGCAGCGCGGUGCACAUGACAUGCAGUUGUAUGAGCUGAUCGGGGUGGUGUGCGAUGUAACCCCCGAUAAGGCACCAAAACAGCACCUUGUGUCAAUUAUCAAUGUGAGCCCUUCCUCCGCUGAGAAGGGAUUGGAAAACAAAUGGUAUCUCUUCAAUGAUCACCACGUAAGAUCAAUACCUGUUGCAAAGGCACUACGUUUCGAUGCCAGAUCAAAGCUUCCAGUGAUACUGGCAUACCAAAGGAAAUCAUAUAGACAUGAAGUAGACGAUGGAUGGAAAGAGAACCUCGACACAAGCGCUUUGUUUCAGUCAUGGUCGCACAGACAAGAACAGGAUGUCAAGAAGUUUCGCUUACUUGAUCAGCAUACUGAAUACCCACGAAAGGGCAUGCCCAUCGCCAUCGAUGCUGAGUUUGUCGAGGUUCGCAAGGAAGAGAUCGAGAUCACACCAGAAGGAACCAAACAGAUUUCCCGCCCUCAGCGACUAGCUCUUGCACGAGUAUCAGUACUGCGAGGUGAUGGCAUCGAUGAAGGUGUGCCAUUCAUUGAUGACCAUGUGAUUGUCACUGAGCCUAUCACGGACUACUUGACAGAAUGGUCUGGCAUCCACGAAGGUGAUCUAAACCCUAACAUUUCUAGACACGCGCCUGUGCCUCUUAAAGUUAUAUACAAAAAGUUAUGGCUUCUCCUGAAUCUGGGGUGCGUCUUCAUCGGUCACGGUCUCAUCAAAGACUUCCGUACAAUCAACAUCCUUAUACCACCAGCGCAAGUUUUUGACACUGUUAAGAAGUUCCAUGAUGAGGAGACAAAACGGCUGAUUAAACUCAAAUUUCUUGCGUGGCACUUCUUCAGAACGGUAGACUUUCAGAACGACAAGGAACUUGGACACGACUCAAUUGAAGACGCAUAUAUGGCACUCAGGCUUUGGCGCAAGUGGCGCGAGUUCGAGGACGCAGGCAUAACAAAGAGGAUGAUCCAAGAAUUGUAUAUUGAGGGAAACAAGGUGGGCUGGAGACUUCAAGGUCAAGACUCAGGCCGACCCGGAACAAGCGGUGGACGACGUGAAAUGAGUGAUUUUGGACUGCAGACUCCAGAAAGAGGCAACAGUAGGGCACAAACUCCUCUGACGACGCCAAAGACACAGACGAUAGGAUCAAGGAUACUUGGUCCUGGUGGCUCUGGGAGAGACGUGUUCGCCGACAGUCCACGAAAAGCUGGUACUAGCGCUGAGUGA